GCCCAUCUCUGUGUGGUCGCCUCAAGAGGAUAACCGGCCACGCGUUUAUUCCAACGAACAACUACAAACAGCUCUUUAAAAACCUCAGAAAAACAAAGAAUGGCUUCAAGAGAUUCGAUAAUUUGCUUCCUGUGUAUUGCUGUGACCACACUAGGAGCUCCCUCCGAUCGUCUUGGAAAAUUCAAGAUCAACGAUGGUGGAGUUAAUGGAGAAGGCACCUAUCUCGUCAGGGAUAACGGCACCACAGUAUUGGGCUUUCAGCUAAUGAUUGACGGCCCCAGCAGAACGUCGCCUACCUUCAAACCCAUCUCCGGCCCUGGACCAAGCAAGGACUCCGGUCAACAAAAGCAACAAGAACAGGGUGCUCUGACAGAAGAACAAAAGGCGACGGGCUCUGAUGAUAAAGUGCCUGCUCAAAAAGCAGCUCCUGAUAACAAACUGACUGAAAAAGAACCAGCAGCCAAUCUUGCAACGCAAGGUUCCCCUCCCGGAGAUGAAGUGAAGCAACAACAACAACAGCAACAAAAGCAAGCCCGAAACGACAAAACGGAGCAGCUUCAAGCCGCAAAUGCCGCGCAUUUGCUCAGUGAUGAAGAACUCACAUUCGUAAAAGACGGUCUGGCUGAACACAACAAAUACCGUGCUAUCCACAACGCCCCGACCAUGAUUCUGGACGAAGCAUUGAGUGCGGAGGCGCAGAAGUUUGCAAAAGAGCUGGCCCACUUGGAAACCCUGAAACACUCGGACAGACCCUCCCGACCAGGAGAGGGCGAGAAUCUUGCCAUGGGGUGCUCCACUGAAGGGACCAUCAUGUCGGCUGCUGCAGCAGUGAAGAAAUGGUAUGACGAAGUAUGCAAGUACGACUUCAACAACAAAACCUUCCAACGCCCCGCCGGUCACUUUACUCAGAUGAUGUGGAAAUCAACCGAUCGGUUAGGAAUGGGGCGAGCCUAUGGUAACAAAUUCGGACUCAACUGCACGUACGUGGUGGCUCGGUAUAGUCCAAUCGGGAAUAUUGCCGACAGAACAGCGUCCAACGUGGAAAAAGGAACCUUCGAUCAGACAUACUGCAAUACGGUUACGCGCGCGGUCCUUGCAAAGAGCGAACCACAAAGGGAUGAAGAGAGAGAGGGGAGAGUUGGGGAAGAUGAGAAAGGAUACCUUGAAGAUUAUAAUGGCGACCAGUAUGGGGACAACGAGAGUGAGGGUUACAUGGGGGAUGAGCCGGGCCGUGGGGGGACUGGUUACCGGGAGAAAAUACCGCGACGCGAGAUCAACGUGUUGUAGGUCCACUUUAAUUAAACGAAGCCACAAAAUAUGUAACUAAAUGCUUAAUAAGCAAUACCAAUGCCCUAUAACAAAAAUAAUAACAACUUUUACUAUUAUAGAAAGCAAUUAAAAUUGAGAAGUUUACAUUCAUUACUUCUAAGAAAUCAAUUUAUGAUUCACUACAUAGUUAUAGUUACCGUGACAUUUUAUUUAAUCUAAAAAUAAGAUCACUUAAUUAUGUGACUAUAACAAAUACAGUGUCAUAUUAUACUAGCGCAAAAAGAGAUUAUUAGCACCUGCUGAAAGGGUUUUAGCUUGUUAGGUUAGGUGCAUAUGUGAAACAUAUCGCUAAGCUAAACGCGUGUAGUAAUAAAUCAUUGAUCUUGGUC